AGGAAGCGUGGGUGGAUGGGGUCCCGGUGACACCUCUGAUGUCAGUCCCCGCCAGCCUGGGGCUGAUUGGCUUCCGAGGACCUGCAACAGAGUUUAAAUUCUGCACUGUCAGGCCAGUGCUCAGAGCAGCAGCUGGAGAGCCACUUCUUCCAGAUUUGUCUGUGAGAACUUCAACUUGGUUUUUGACCUUUUGGGAAAAGACCUUGUGAACUAGAGAGGGUGAAGGGAUCACAUGCAAAUAUGAAGACUGGUAUCCUUCUUAUGUUCCUGUGGGGAUUAGCCUGUGCCCUCCCAGUUGCCAGGUAUCAGAAUACUGAAUCCGAGAGCUCAGAAGAGUGGAUGGGCAGUCUGGCUCAUUCACCACCCCCGCCCACGAACAGUGAGUCAUCAGACGAGACUAAAGUUAGCUCAGAGGAACAGGCAAACGCUGACCCCAGUGACAGCACUGAGUCUGAAGAGGAUGUGGACUCUGACGGUGACCAGCAUGCUUACAGACCCGCGGGUGGCCUCUCUAAGAGUGUGGGGACAGAAGCCAACAAGGAGGAUGACGAAGACGACAGCGGGGACGACACCUUCGGGGACGAGGACAACGGCCCAGGACCUGAAUGGGGAGGACGCUCCAGACCGGACAGUGAUGAGGACUCGGCAGACACCACACAAUCCAGUGAAGACUCUCGAGAAGACCAUGCCCAAGAUGCCCCCAGUGACAGCAGGGACCGUGAGGACGAGGCGGACAGCCGGCCUGAGGCCGGUGACUCCACCCAGGACAGCGAGAGCGAGGAACACUGGGUUGGAGGUGGCAGUGAGGGAGAGAGCAGCCACGGGGACGGCUCUGAGUUUGAUGAUGAAGAAGGGAUGCUGAGCGACGACCCCGAGGGCACCAGGAGUGACCGAGGCCACGCCAGGAUGAGCAGCGCCGGCAUCAGGUCCAAAGAAUCCAAAGGGGACCGGGAGCUGGCGAGCGCUCGGGAUCCAGACGACAGCCAGUCUGUGGACCCGCCAGGCAGCAAGUCCUUCAGAAGGUCCCAGGUCUCCGAGGAAGAUGACCGAGGCGAGCUCCCAGACAGCAGCAGCAGGGGAACCCAGAGCGACUCCACAGAGGACACCGUCUCCAAGGAGGACACCGCCGAGAGCCGGUCCCGGGAAGACAGUCCAGAGGGACAAGACACCAGCAGUGAGUCCAGCGAGGAGGCCGGCGGGCCGUCCCAGGAGAGCAGCAGCGAGUCUCAGGAGGGGGUGGCCAGCGAGUCCAGGGGUGACAACCCGGAUUACACGAGUCAGGCGGGCGACCGGGAAGACAGCAGCGAGUCCAGCGAGGAGGACAGCCUGGACACACGCUCCAGCUCAGAGAGCCGGUCCACAGAGGAGCAAGCCGACAGCGAGUCCAGCGAGAGCCUCGGGCUGUCGGAGGAGAGUCGGGAGUCGGCCCAGGAUGAGGACAGCUCCAGCCAGGAGGGCCUGCAGUCCCAGAGCGCAUCGGGGGAGAGCAGGAGCCAGGAGAGCCAGUCCGAGCAGGACAGCCGUUCCGAGGAGGAGGAGGAGAGUGACAGCGACUCCCGGGACAGCAGCAGGUCCAAAGAGGACAGCCACUCUACAGAGAGCACGUCGAGCAGCGAGGAAGACCGCCACCCCAAAAACAUGGAGGCGGACAGCAGGAAACUCACAGUCGAUGCCUACCACAACAAACCCGUCGGGGACCAGGAUGACAACGACUGCCAAGACGGCUACUAGCCUCAGCUUGACUCAGAGAGGGCUCUCACAGGAGGGGGUCUUGGGGGCCCAAGGGUAGGGAGUCCACUGCAACUGUAACUUAUACGUUUUGAUCAGACGGAAAACCAGGACCUUUGCUUUCUGUGAGGAAUUGCUCACGGUACUCUGUUUCCUAGGGAGGUGAAGUAACGCGGCACGAUGUCGGAACACACACACACACACACACAUACACACACACACACACACACACACACACAGUGAGGGUGAACAAAGGGAGGUGUGCACAGUGGCCUCACGGAUGAAGUUGCCCUGACUCACUAACCCGACAGUUGUUGGGGUUCUGUGAAGCACCAGGCACAGCACUAGGGGCUGGGGACGACGGGCGGGUGUUUCAGGCUACUUUGCUCCCGAGGAGCCUACAGAGAGACCCGCAAAACGGAAACACUGAAGAGCGCCAGUGAAGGGGGCCCAUGCCACGGCAGAGGUCUGCACAGAAUGUAUGGGGCACGGCAGGGGAGACCAGAUUCGCCCUGGAGAACUAGCGGGUUUCACGGCCGCAAAGCCUGAGUUGGAGGGUUCCAUAGAAUCUCUCAGCUGAAGACAAUAUAAAUUCUAUUUAUUCUUGAGGGAAACAGUAUUAAAUCUUGUACAAUCAAUGUGUAGUUUGUAAAGGAGUUCUCAAGCCAUGGCACAGUGGGUUAUCUUGGAUAAACAUUUUUUCCCCCCAAUUCAUUUACCCCAUUCAGUGCUUUUGUGGACCUUCUGUAAACACUGCCUCAUUGAUGUUGAUAUGGACAAUUUGGGGGGGGAUAGGAGAAAAAAUUAAUUUUAACAAGGUUGUAUAGCUUUAUUUUCCCCCUCCAUAACUAUCCAGAGUCUUUUACAUGUGUUGCACAUAGCAACAUUCUGUACAUAGGACUGUUUUUUGUUUUUUUGUAUUUUUUUUUUUUUUUGGUCAAGUGCUAUUGAAGUUUUACCUCAUGAAAAAGUAUUUGUUUUGUAAUAAAGAUAAU